CUUUCCCUCGACCGCACCACCGUCUUUGCACAUGCUAUAAAGACUGAUAUUUCAUACUGCUUCAAUAUAUGCGCUCGAUAAACUGUAUUCAUAUUGCGAACCUCUCCUCAUAGAGCGUAAGAGCUCAGGACCCUUACUGGUGCUCUCUCCACGCUACGGGGUGAGCAUCACCGACCAAGUUCGUCAGACACAAUGCCUUCCUUACCCUCGAGACCAUUGGUUAGAGCGCGGGAUAAUGGCCUACAGCUAAGCUAUCAACUCCCUCACCGUGUUUAUGCCGCCGAAGGCUACCCAAUCCUCGCCCCUAACGGCUCAUCAAUUAUCAUUUAUGGCUACGAAGAUGGCCUGAAGGUCAUCUGGAGAGGGGGAAGGCCGUUUUCAACCCAAAAAGGGCAGACAUCGAAGGAGAAAGCGCAGGAGAAGCCAACCCGAGCCAAUGACGACGCGAUCAUGAUUAUUGAUUCCGACGAUGAGAGUAUGGCAGGCACACAGAGAGAUGAGGCACCCGAGAUAGAUGCGGGCCAUCAGUUUGAGGAUGAAGAGCCGGAAGUCGACCCCGCGCAUCCUUACGAGACCGUCCUUCGUCAAAUCGAUAUCCCCCUUGGAAGCAAAGUCAUUGGGCUUGCUGUGCCUCGCAUCCUCCCUGACACUGCACGCUCGCCGCUGGAUCCAUUCCCCCCUAUUUUGAAUAAAGUGAUAGUUGUAUCCGCUGUGUGUGCGGACUACUCCACUCGUGUCGUGACACUGCCCUUGGUUCCUCCCCGUCCUUCGGAUAGCCACCUUACCGCCUGGGGGGUUCAGAGCUUCUCGGUCAAUGGAGGCAUCUCGCACCAGGAGGUUCCAAGAGGAGUCAGCAUUACUUUCACAUACCUAGAAAGCGAGCCACAGCAAGAUCAAGAAGUGUCUCGCAGAAGGACCUCUGGCAAAUCAGAUGCCGGUGGCCCAGGAAGAUGGGAUCUUCUUGUGGCAACUCAUUCCGCAGAGUCGUCAGGCCUACUCAUUACUCACAGAAUACCAAUCGUUGAAGAGGCAGCAGAUGCUGAUACCGCGUAUCGUUUGUGUCCUGAAGAAAUCGAGUCGAAACGAUGCUAUCUACCAGCCCCAGCACAAAACAUUGCAUUUAAUCCUUCAAGCUAUCCUGCCGCACGGCACUCCACACUACUUGUCUCUUUCCAUAGCGGUUGUGUCAAAGUUUACUCCUGCUUCUCUACGAAGCCAUCCAGAGCGUUUCGAAGGUCGACCAGUACCCAGAAUGACUUGGAAACAUCGGAGACAGAGGGCAAGUGGUUGAUCAGUCUCUACCCGGGUUUUGAGCAGUCCUCACCGGAACUCUCACGGCGCAAGGUGAUCAUCAAUGCCGACUGGGUGCUCGGGGGGCGAGCUAUCAUGGUGCUUAUGGCGGAUGGUGAAUGGGGCGUAUGGGAUCUUGAAGGAGCUGGUCCCGGCACUGCGAAGGGCCCCCUCCACCGGCAGUCUAGCGUAGAAGGAGUUUCUGGCGGCGCGUUGACUACCUUUUCAGUGAGUGGGCGAAUUGUCAGCCCCCCACCAAGUGUGAGCCGAUCCGAUACGGGAGCCUCCGCACUGGCGCAACGUUCUAGGUUCGCUCCAAUGACGCCUUCAACAAAACGACUGAGGGAGGACACGCUGCUCAAAGGGACUGCUGUCGGAUCUUCUAACCCAUCGCUGUGCGGGGGAAUUUCAGUAUACCAGACAAACUCACCUCAGGAUGCUCUUCCAGAUGAGUCUAUUCUCCUCCGACAUGGCAAGCAGAGCGCCAUGAUCCCCAGCCUUUUGUCACUAUGGCGAAGUGCUGUGAAGGCAAGCGGAACUUUGGAUGCGUCUAACCGUUGUCGAGUGUCUCCCAUUCAAGAUAUCACCCUCAUGGGCGAGCCGCUGAGGGGAAUCUGCCAUCUCCCUGCAGCUUCUCGCUUGUCUCGGGGGGCAGAUCACCAGGCAUUCGAUAUUCUCGUUGCCGCAGAACACCGUCUUGUGAUUCUAGCACCCAAAUUGACCGAACCAGAUGCUCCCCCCAUUUCUCGGGCCUCGCUGAACGAGCCAACCACAGUUGAGGCGGAUCAACUCCGUCUCCGUCGAGGAGAACUUGACGUGGAUGGGAUGGACCGGCUCCUGAGUGGAAUGGCGAACGCCAGCCGCUCUCUCCGAAUGGGGAGCCCAAUCAAGCGGGCGCGGAUUUUCUCUUAA